AUUAUAAAGUUUUGUUGGAAAUUUAAAGUUAUAAACGACAGGCUAGAUGAAUGCAGGACAACAAAGGAAUGACGAAGUGGUAGUCGUAGUCAUGGACCCCGAUCUGCUUCGGAAAUUUAUAUCUCAAGUCUAUGCAUAUGGCACCGGUUUCAUCAUCAUCAGCUGCGUGCUAUGGCUGAUCACUUCGGGAGUUAAGAUAAACAUGUUUUCUUUGAUUCCCGUACAUCCGAUGGCUUAUAUAACAGUCGCAUUCGUUUUCUUGGUCAUAUUUAUGUGUAUCCCGUAUAUUCGCUACAGAACUCCGUGGAAUUGGAUAUUUGCUAUCAUUAUUGUUUUGCUCGUGACACUGGUCGGUGUGUAUAUCAUGGGCUUUAUACCAAUCCUGGAAAUGGGCGUGGGCAUAAUUAUCGCCGCCGUACUGAUGAUUACACUUCAAUGCUGUGGCGCCAGAUUUCCCAAAAAAAUGUUGCCCGGCAUAAUAAUUGUAGCGUUCACUGCAUGUUUGGGGCUGAUAGUGCUUGUAAUUAUGGUCAUAUUAAUGGCCAUUACAGACGAUAAUGUAUUAUUCAUGGCCGCCUAGAAUCUGUCCGCCUUGAUGACGCUGUUGGCCUCGCCUUGGAUGUUCACAUUCGGUUUGUUGUACUGUAUAGUAGCAUAACCUAUAUAUUUUUGUAUGUGGUGCAUG